AGCUCACAAACCCAAUGGAUUUUAACCUGUGUGCCUGCCUACUUCACUAAGUGAGUUCAGCCACACAGGAAAGGACAGAGAUUGUGUGAUUCCCCCUACACGAGCAUCACAAAGACAUGAUGCCAGCAAAGGGCAUGCAGAGGGGCAGUGCUGAAACUGAUCCUGGGAGCUCGUGGUCCCUGUGGUGUCAGCUGGGCUACAUGGCCAGGUCUCCCUCAAUAUCAAAGCGGCCAGGGUCGCUGCGAGGACAGACGAGCAGGAUGUGGCAGGUGUGACUGCAGAAGCUGGUCUGGUUGCCAAGCAACACUCAGUGUCCUUGGAGAUGAGUGAGUGAGCUAGAGAAGGCUGAUGCCGAAAUGUGCUAAUUUAAAAGAAGUGGGAUUUCUGGAGACCCUAAAGCCAUACUUUAUUGAAGGAAAGGUCCUGAGGUCAGCCCUGGGCACGCAGCUGCGGACAGAGCAGAGCCUGGGAUUCUCAAGAGGAGAGGAGGUGCCCUCUUCAGUCUUCCUGGACGAGCUCUCCUAUAGAGCAAUGGCCAGAUUUAUCCGUGCCUCCAUUCACGGCAGGCCCUGGUGCUGAGAGGAGGCGCCCAGGGCUGGCUGACCCCGAGAUGAACGACACCAGCUGCUGGUCCUGAGGAGGGCGGGCAGGAGGACAAAGGAUGGGCCACGCUGCCUGGAAUGGGAGCAGGACCCCCGACUUCAUGCUCCUGGGGCUGUGGGCCCCGCCUGCCCUGCGACCCUUGCUGUGGGCAGCGCUCCUGCUGGCCUACGUGGCCACCGUGCUGGGUAACAGCGCGCUGGUGGGGCUGAUCGCGCUGGACCAGCGGCUGCACCGGCCCAUGUACCGCCUGCUGACCCACCUGGCGCUGCUGGACACAGCCUACGUGAGCACCACGCUGCCGCAGGCGCUGGGGCACAUGGUGGCGCGCCGGGCCCGCCUCUCCCUGGCGCGCUGUGGGACGCAGCUCUACGUGGGCAUCUCCCUGGGCAGCUGCGAGGCCAUUCUCCUGGCCGCCAUGGCGCUGGACCGCUGCCUGGCCGUGUGCCAGCCCCUGCGCUACGCGGCGCUCAUGACUCCCGCGUGCUGCGCAGCUCUGGCCGGCACGGCCUGGGUGCUGGGCUUUGCCUUGUCGGUGCCCAACGCCGCGGCCGCGCUGCGCCUGCCCUACUGCCCCGGGAGGCCCCCGGUGGACCACUUCUUUUGCGAGCUUCCGGCUGUGCUGAGGACUGCGUGCGCAGACACCACUGCCAACCACCUGCUGGUGUACGGCCUGGGCACGCCCAUCCUCCUGGUGCCUUUGGCCUUCAUCCUCGCCUCCUACGUCCUGAUUCUGGCUGCCGUGCGCAAGCUGCCUUCGACCAAGAGCCGCCUCAAGGCCUUGUCCACCUGCAGCUCGCACCUGGCCGUGGUGGGGCUCUUCUAUGGCACGGUGACGGCCAUGUACCUGCGCCCUCGCGCCUCCAGCACCCUCCCCGCCAGGCAUCACAAGCUGGUGGCUGUGUUCUACCUUGUGGUCACACCCGUCCUGAACCCCCUCAUCUACAGCCUCCGAAACCGCGAGGUCCACGCUGCAGCCCGCUACGCACUCGCCCGGCUACGGGGAACCCGCACCGCGCUGCGCUGACCCGGUCGCGCUGGGAGCGCAGAGCUGGAUGCGCCUCUUGAGUACUGGCAUUUCCACUUCCCAGAGCUGUGCUGCGCACCUUUGGUUAACCGGAAGUCAGGAAUCUGACUUAAAAUUUUAAAUUAAUAUAAAGAGAACAGAUUCUAUGUAGUCCUUAGAUUUUAUUUGUAGGCACACGUGCAGCUGACCAGGUGGUAAAUAUUUAUAGCCUGGCCAGCUGCGGGAUCUCGGUGGCUGUGGGAGGCAGCAGAGAACUACGGCUGUGUCCCAAAACACUGCGUUCGUGGACACGGACAUUGACUUGUACAUAACGCUCAUGUGUGCAAAAUAUUAUUUUUAACUUUUUCAACUUUAACAACGUGAAAAUCAC